AUGAAAGCAGUGGACAAUCAUCAGCAUUGGUGUGAAUCUAACACACUUCGACAAUCACUACCAGAAUCGUCGGUUCGAAGAGUGAAAAUCGACUUUUUAGAUCCGACUUUUGGAAUCGACAUUCGAAACCUAGAAAAACAAUCAAACAACAAUAAAAGGACACAAAACUUCUUAAUCAAACAUUGUGCGUUGAAUGUGCAGGAGCACAUUCAAAAUAAACAUUGCUUUCUCGUUUGUUGGCAUUUUCUAACCUCUCCAUGUAACACAUUCAGCAUAAUGCCUGUUUUAUUUUGUCCCCUUUGUCACUCUUUAUUAAUGAUUGAAGAGUCGGCUCAUUGCUAUUCGUUGAACUGUUCUGCUCCCAUAUGUUCUUACAGGUGGUUUGUCACUCAGCCACUAGUUUUAGAACAUAAGCCAAGACAGGAUGUUCGUUUACGUUUAGAGGAAGAUGCCGUUUUCUCGGUUGAAGAUGAAUACAGUUCUUCUGCUCAGACAGAUGAAAAGUGUCCCAAGUGUAGUCAUACGCGAGCGUAUUUCGUCCAAAUGCAAACACGUUCAGCUGAUGAACCCAGCACAAUCAAGUAUUCUUGUAUGAAAUGUCACCAUAUCUGGACUGAACAAUAA